UACCUCCCUAGUGCAUUAUAUACAGAUAAUAUUAUAAAGAGGUUCCCUCUGCCACACACACAGCCUCAUUCCAGUACUCUAUCCUCGAGUAGCAGCUAGAUCCCUUGCAGCAAAAGGACCGUGAACACACAGAAGCCACGUGACUGCAGUGACAUCAUCUGUCCUUUAACCGGAACCGGAUCUAGCUGCUACCAGGUCUCACAUUUAUAGCAUCAGACUCAGUCACUGACGAAGAACAACAUGAACAAAUACAGGAAGCAGAUAGCAGAGCAGUUCCUGAGUCAGGCCCUGGGCAUCAUCUGCCUGUUGACCGGAGAGGAAUACACCAUUGUGAAGAAGAGGCUCUCCCACAGCAACAUACAACAGCUGAGCGGAGAGGUGCCUAUAAAGUGUGAUGAUGUUGCUGUGUAUUUCUCUAUGGAGGAGUGGGAGUAUAUAGAGGGACACAAGGAGCUUUACAAGGACGUCAUGAUGGAGACUCACCAAGCAGUAAGGACUAUGGAGAUCCCAGGAAAUGAGAGCUCAGAACUAACAGGUCACAGAGAUGAAAAUCUAGACACAGGAUCACAUAGAGAACUUGUACAGAAUAUUCAGCCAGUGGAGACCCCAUCAGACGUCUCUGCAGAACUAACAGGUCACAGAGAUGAAAAUCUAGACACAGGAGCACAUAGAGAACUUGUACAGAAUAUUCAGCCAGUGGAGACCCCAUCAGACGUCUCUGCAGACCUAACAGGUCACAGUGAUGAAAAUCUAGACACAGGAGCACAAGGAGACCUACAGAAUAUUCAGCCAUCGGAUGUCUCUGCAAAUGAAAACGAUGCUAAAAGUUUAUGUAACACGGAACAUACAGAAGAUCAGGGGAUAGCAAAUAUGCCAGAAGCUGCAAAGCACGAAAUAUGUGACAAUAUAAGUACAGGUGAAAACGAUGCUACGAUUUCAUGUAACAUGGAACAAACAGAAGAUCAGUGGCUAAGAAAUGCAGAAACAUUAGAGCAGCAAAUUUGUGCCAAUAUAAGUACAGGUGAAUUCACAAACUGCAAUAAUCCGAGCCAUGAUCAGAGUGCAGAUGCAUCUUUACAUCUUCUUCAAAAUCAAAGAAGCCACAUGGGAAAUUUAUGUUCUGAAUGUGGGAAAUGUUUUGUUAAGAAAUCACAUCUUCUUAAACAUCUAAAAAUUCAUACAGGAGAAAAUCUUUUUUCUUGUCCUAUAUGUAGGAAAUGUUUUAACCGUGAAAACAUUCUUGUUGCUCACCAGAAAAUUCAUACAGGAGAAAAAGGAUUUUCAUGUUCUGACUGUGGGAAAUGUUUUACUCAAAAAUCACAUCUUAUUCGUCAUCUGAAAAUUCAUACAGGGGAGAAAGCAUUUUCUUGUUCUGACUGUGGGAAAUGUUUUACUCUGAAACUAACUCUUAAUAGGCAUCAGAAAAUUCAUACAGGUGAGAAAGGAUUUUCAUGUUCUGACUGUGGAAAAUGUUUUACUCUGAAGUCAAAUCUCAUUAUGCAUCAGAAAAUUCAUACAGGUGAGAAAGCAUUUUCAUGUUCUGACUGUGGGAAAUGCUUUAAUCAAAAAUCAUAUCUUGUUAGGCAUCAGAAAAUUCAUACAGGGGAGAAAGGGUUUUCAUGUUCUAACUGUGGGAAAUGCUUUACUCAGAAAUCAUAUCUUAUAAGGCAUCAGAAAAUUCAUACAGGGGAGAAAGGAUUUUCAUGUUCUGACUGUGGAAAAUGUUUUACUCAGAAACAAACUCUUAUUAGGCAUCUGAAAAUUCAUACAGGCGAGAAAAUGUUUUCAUGUUCUGACUGUGGAAAAUGUUUUACUCUGAAACCAACUCUCAUUAGGCAUCAGAAAACUCAUAUUAAAAUAAAUCAGAGUUUAACCUCCUAAGUGCAGGGGGUGGCAUGUAGUUGUUACCCACACAAUACCAAGUGCUGAUGAUGACUGCAUGUGACCCCCUGAGGUGCACAGUUUUAGAGCUGUUUGAGGUCCCUUCUACACCUCAAGUGUUUGAGGUGACUUCAGGGGUAGAUUUGAUUUAAAUCAAAAUGAUUUUAAUC